AUGUUGAGUUAUAUCGGAAAUACGUUGGUCGUUGUAGCGACGAUAAAGAAUGCGUAAGCCGUUUGCUUCAUUACAAAAAGGUCCGAUUGUGAUUGCAGAAAGUUGCAUGGGACCUACAACUGUUUUGUUUGUAUUAUCUGCGUCGGGGAUAUGCUCCAUCAAUCGACACAUUGGGUUUAUCUGGCGAACAGUGUCUUCGGCCAGCAUUUUAUUCCGUUCUACAAAUGCUUUGAAAUGGAUUUUGUUCUUGCCGCCGGAGCAACGAUUAGCGCGCUAGCAACGUUGUACGUAGGGAUCGAUCGGCUUAUUGGGGUAGCUUUUCCUGUGACCUACAAGCAGUUGAAUCGUGUUGCGUAUGUGGGCGGGCUGUUCUUGGUUUCUUUGGUUUAUGCCGGCUUCGUCGUCUACUUGGGAUAUGAGCACACGAUGAGCGAGUUUAGAGAUGAGUAAGUAUAUGUAUAGAAAACAUUUUAUCGAUCAACGAAUCUCAGUUAAAGUUCGCACAAUAAGAUUUCUUAAUACAACUGCCUCCCCUUAUUAGGGAGGAGCUUAUUUCCACCAUAUCUUUUCAUAAUACAUAAUAAUUUUUGUAGACCCGUUCUUUGUCGGAUAAUCGAUUCCUUCGGUGGGAAAUCCCGUGAUGCUUGGUUCUUAAUGUGCAUCGCAGUAAACCUUCUUGACGUCAUCGUAUACGUCACCGUUUGGAUAUUACUCAAAAGACGAACAGCCGCCAAUGAUUCAAUGAGACGAGUCUUCAAGUCGUUGAUCGUCAUGAUGUUCACCGUGGUUCUUGGAUGGAUGCUUAAUGCGUUCGUUGUUGCUGUUGUCCUACCGCAUAUUCCGAUUGAGCGGUGGUUCUACUAUGAAUCGUAUUUCGGGAUUUUGAUCAACGUGGCCAGCUCGGGAAACGUGGUCAUUCUUUAUUGCUUGAGGUAUAAAAUUUUCAAAAUUUUGGAGCAUAUCAAUUACUCGAACAUUUAUUUAAAAAAACAGUUUUUUUAAAGUUUACAAAGCGCUAAUUUCAGUGGUGAAUAUCGUGCAACUUUUCGAGAGAUGUUUAAUCUACCCGAUAAGCCGAGUAAGGCCGCACCUGUAUCCACCGUUGGCCCAGCAAGUCAAAUGGAAGGAUGGAAAACAACAGAUUAA